AUGUAUGUUAAUGAAGAAGAAGUAAGGAUAUGGGUCAAACAACUUGAAGAAACAAAUGACCUUAAACAAAAAAGUCGCUCCGGCCGUCCAACUCGUCUUACUCCUACCCAACGACGCUACCUUGGGCAGUUAGAAAUAAUCUCCAAAAGCUUGGGUAUACCUCGUUCGGUUCCCCUACUCACCGAAGAAGCCAUUAAACGUCGUAUUGCUUGGGCAAAAGCCCACCAAAGAAAAGAUUGGAAUAGUGUUAUUUUUUCCGAUGAAUCAACGUUUCAAAUGUUUCGUAAUACAAUCCAGGUUCGUUACAAGGAUGGAGAAUCAAUUCCAAGUCGUCCAGUUGUAAAACAUCCUUUCAAGCAAAAUCUAUGUGGGGCCGUAUUAAAUUAUUAUUAG